AUGGCAUCACCGGCGGCAAAGCGAGUUCCAUCUGCGAAGAAGAAUUCUUUGCCAAGUAAAAAGCCCAUUGGAAAAGAUUCCACUUCUCACAGCCCUUUACCCGACCAAGAAGUAUCAGAAAUCAAAUCCACAACUCAAGCGAAGCCCAUCAAUAAGCUCUCGACACCAACCACUCCCAAAAAGAAUAUCCGAAAGUUGUCAAAAAAGCCUGGAACUGAAAAAUUGCCUCCAGCCCCGCAAAAGAAGGAAGAAUCGGAAAACAACAUUCCGAACGCCGACAAGAGUGAGGCACCAGAUGCAGAAAAUGCAGCCAACUUGGCAUAUGAGGAACCACUGCCAAUAAGAGAGUCUGUCGAGGAGUAUGAAGAGACGAUCGAUGUCCCAGAAGAGGCGCAGCGAGAGGAAGAGAUUCCACCUAAAGAGCAAAGAAAACCCGUCACGAAAAAAGGCGAUCCAGCUUCUGGGUCGGGUGGCGGCUCAUUCUUCCAGCGAGGGAAGAAUGCAGCUUCGCGUCUUUCGGACCUUACCGGUAGCGCCAGGGAUAUCGGUAAUCGCGCAAGAGUUGCGCAGUCCCAGGGCACUUUUGACAAUAUCCAGAAUGGCAUUCAAGAUGUCACAAAGCGCUUCAAGUCUGAUAAAGGGGAAGUGGUUAACAAAAUCACCGAGAAGGUUCCUAACCUCCCGACCGAUUUGUCUGAAUUAAAGGGGCUUGAGGUUAGCGAAGAGGGGCAUAUACUCGACGAUGAUGGCAAUGCAAUUGGAGUACUUGUCGAGGGUGAUCCCAGCGACCUUGCUGGCCGGGCUGUUGGGGAAGGUGGUGAAAUUCUGGAUGAGGAUGGCGAUCUUAUUGGUCGAGUCGAGCUUGUCAGCGAUGCGACUGCAAAGUAUGCUGAUGCGACUGAUGAAGGGGUUGACGCAGAUAAUGUCCCCAGCCUGCAAGACCUCGUUAAUUUGCCACUCACAGAGGACGGUUUGAUCAAAGACGGCCAGGGAAUAGUACUGGGGCGACUUGUUGAGGGUGACCCGGAUGAUCUGGUUGGUCAGGCUAUUGGCGAGAAUGGGGAAAUCCUUGAUGAAGAUGGAGACUUGGUCGGGCGGGUCGAACUCGUCUCUCUAAACAAAGUUGAAGAUUCAGCCGGUGAAGCUGAGCCCACCGGAGGCGUAUUACUUCCAGAAGUUGCCAUUCUCCGAGGCAGAGAAAUCAACGAAAAUGGCAAGAUUGUGAAUGAUGAGGGUGAGAACUUAGGCCAAGUCGUUGAAGGCCAAGAUCCCACACAUCUAUCUGGAAAGAUUCCAAAUGAGCAGGGUCAAGUGCUGGAUGUCAAUGGAGAGGUGAUCGGACAGGUUGAGACAAUCCCAGGCGAGGCUGGAUAUACCGCAAUGCAAGAGCUCGAAGAUAAAAAGGCAGCUGUCAAGAAGCGGGAUGACCUCGAAAAUGGUGAACCAGAGGAAGAAGGACAAGAGGAAGAAGGACAAGAGGAAGAAGGGGAAGAAGAAGAAGGAGAAGAGGACGAAGAAGACGUGAACUCCGACGCAUCACAGGGACCUCCCCCGGAAUUACCUGACAUCUCCACACUCGAAGGUCUCAAGUGUAACAAGUUCGGAAACAUUGUCGGCGAGGAUGGUGUGCCAGUUGGUGAACUUGUUGAGGGGGAUGCCAAAAAGCUGUCCAAGGGAGAAUUUCAACUCGAUGAUCAAGGUCGAUUCUGGGAUAACAGAGGCAAUGUUCUAGGCGUGGCCAAAACCACGCCAAUCGAGGAGGAAGAUCAGAGCCCAUUUGCAGGCUUUGAAGAUCUCGUCGUGGUUGAUGAUGGCUGGGUCGAAGACGCAUCCGGGGAUCGAGUAGGCUAUGUCGUUGAUGGUGAGGUCAAGAAGCUUCUUGGUCGGGCUGUCGACGAUGACGGCGAUAUUUUGGACAAGCGAGGCAAUCUCAUCGGCCACGCCGAGCCUUGGGAGGAACCAGAGCCUGAGCCAGAAGAAGUCGACUUCUCUUUCUUGGAGGGUCUUUCUCCUAACAAGCUAGGAUUUGUCACUGGACCAGACGGCAUGCUGAUAGGCCGCGUGAUAGAGGGGGAUUUGAAAAAGGUUACCGGGAGAACCAUCGAUCACGAGGGCCAGAUAUGGAGCGAUGAAGGUGAGGUCAUUGGACGGGUUGAGAUGGUUCCAGAGGACGAACGUGAAGUGUUGGGGCCUUUCAGCGACUUGGGUGAUCUGGUGGUCGGGCAAGAUGGGUUUGUUGAAACCGAGGAAGGUCUGGUUGUUGGCAAGAUCAUUGAUGGAGAUCCUAAGAAACUGCGAGGCAAAGCUGUCGAUGAUGAUGGAGAAAUAUUGGACAAACAUGGUAACGUGAUAGGACGCGCUGAGCCAUAUAAUCCUUCCGAAACCUCUGAAGAGCCAGAAGAAGACCUGUCUGAGCUUGACGGGAUGACAGUCAACAAGUUUGGAAAUGUGGUCGACGAAAAUGGUGCAGUCUUUGGACGGCUUGUUUCAGGAAAUCCUAAGAAGCUGAAUGGCAAAAAGGUGGACGCAGAAGGGCAGGUCUGGAGUGAUGAUGGGAAAGUGCUGGGGAAUGUUGAACUUAUCCCCGUUUCCGAGCGAGAGAGGCCUGAAGGAGAAUUUUAUGGCCUCGAUGGCUUGACUACAACAAAGGAUGGACAUGUCAUCACCGCAGAAAAGGAAGUGGUUGGCAGGCUGAUUGACGGGGAACCGACAAGGCUUGUUGGUCGUGCCGUCGAUGAAGAUGGUGAAAUUGUGGACAAAGUGGGCAAUGUCAUCGGCCGCGCAGAACGAUGGACCCCUGAAGAGAAACAACGCGAUAUCAACCCUAUGAGUGGCCGAAAAGUCAACCGAGAUGGCGAGGUCCGCGACGAAGAUGGAAACCUGAUAGGCCGACUCACUAUGGGCAACGCCAAAGCCAUGGUAGGAAAAAGGGUCAAUGAUGAUGGCUAUAUCGUCGAUAAUGAUGGAAACAAAAUUGGCGAGUGCACGCUGGAGGAAAACCUGCCAGAUGUCGAAUCGGAGCCCGAGCCCGAAUUAUCACCCGAGGAAGCCGAGCAGCAGGCCAAAGAGAAACAUGAUCGGGAUUUGGCGAAGAAGAUAUCUGUGGUUGUACAGCAGACACUUGAGUCCCUGGAGCCGCUUUGCAAACAGAUCACAGAGCACCUUGAACGAGCCGAUCGUACCCCAAGAGACGAAUUGGAUGAAGAGAAACUAGUACAGACUGUGAAACCUCUCAUUGAAGACGCCGGGAACAUGCUACAAGAGUGUAAAAGCACCAUCAGAGCUCUCGAUCCCGACGGGUCCAUCGCUGCAUCCGCAAAGGCUCACAGUGCUUCUCACGAGGCGACACCGGAGGAAUAUCAACUGGCAGAUCUUCUGAAACAGCUGACUCAGACUGUGUCGACUACCAUUGAAAAUGGACGUCGCCGGAUCGCAGAUAUGCCUCAUGCGAAGAAGAAGCUCAACCCACUGUGGGCUUUGCUAUCCGAACCCCUUUUCCAAAUAAUUGCUGCAGUUGGCUUGCUCCUCAGCGGUGUUCUGGGUCUUGUUAGUAAUCUUCUGAACGGACUUGGUCUUGGUGGUCUUGUUCGGGGUCUUCUCGGUGGUCUUGGGAUCGAUAAUAUGAUGAACAGUCUCGGUUUGGACAAGUUGGGCAUUGGCAAGUGA